AUGAGCGAAGCGGAUGAUGACUGCGAAUGGGUGUCAGUUGAAGUGGCUCAAGAACCAGCUGCUCGUAUUCUGGGCUUCGCUCCACUCCAACUCUCAGAUGAUAUUUACAACAUCGUGAACGACAACCUUGGUACUUUGGUGAACAAGUUUGGUGAGCGGUUGAUGGAACGGCACAACCUCAAAUUGAAAUCGUAUCAGGUGGAAAAACUGCUAAAUGUGUUCAAACGCAAGUUGCAAGCGCAGCAAGACCACUUGUAUGAUGAAUUCGAUAAGUACCUUGUUGGUGAUGUACUUGCUGUACACCCAAAUGUGGUGCUCGAGGAGGAUCGUUGUCAGUUGGAGUAUUCGGAAACGCGCGAAAAAUUAACGGCAGAACGCAUUGAAACAUACACAAAACGUCUGAUCGCGCUGAACGCAUGUAAAGCACAACUCACCAACAUGUCCAGUGAGCUCACCGUUCUCCUGGAGCUUACUUCAAAGCUCAAACGGUAUUUGACUGAGACUGCACCAGCAUGUUUUGGAGUGGAGUCAGUUAAUGAACUGUGUAAUUUGAUUCGGCGAAGAACGAAAGCUGUCCUACAGAUUUGUCUGGAUUCCAGUGGAACUUCUUGACUCGAACCCUACUCAAGACUUCCAUUUUCUUUGUUCCUGCCCGAAUCCUGUCACUUUUCGGCGUUUUUUGUAUUUUCACAUGACUGUAUAUUUGACCUGUAUGUUAUUUCCAUAUGUGGGUUUUUCUGUCGUUGCGCUUUUAUCACCACCCUCUCUGAGUUAUGCUAUGCCUCUGUCCUACCAGUGGACUUUCAUUCGUCAUUGAUUAGGUUCGUGAAGGUCACGCGUCCUGCUUUUACGUAGCUCCGAUUCAUGAAGAUUUGCCAUUUCGGUCUUACUAUCUCCGUUAUCCUCCAUGCCUAUUUUAUCACAUUGAGGUUUGGCCAAAACCCAUUGAUAUCAUUAGCUUCGGUCUUUAACUGAUGCUCAAGCUUCAGGGCACUGACUCCACUCGUGCGUGUGAUUGGGAUACCAAGUCGGAUGAAACAUUGAAAGGUCCAAAUAGGUUGCUUAGAGUUCAUCGCUGUCAGGCUCAGUUAAGCGGCCACCACGCAUCCGGCGGGGCAUUGGAUUGUCUUUCUAUGGAAAUCCCUAGCAGUGCACAUUCCCUCGAUCUGGUGUGUGAAACUCCAAAUUAUGGCCGCACUUUUGCAAACCUCUUGCUCACUGCAAAUACCGACAGCCGACCGGACUGCGAAAUCAAUAGCGAUAUGGCACAGUCCACUACUUACUUAGCCACCUUAACAUCUGGUACUUACUGUGAUCUACAGACUUUACUUUUGCUUGGAAUCACCGUUUCGUUCACCUCACUGGUCCAAUGAAAUGCCAAUUUCUCGAAUAUUUUGACUCGCAUUCCAGCUUUAGGUUUAUGGAAUCGGUGUUUAAUAAUUAUCGCCUAUCAAUCAGUACCGCCGGUCCUCUAUCAGACUUUCUCCACAUCAACCGCUUUGAGUUUACUAGCUCACUUCGAAGUUGG